AUGUGCGAGCAAAAAAAAACUGGCAAGUGCAAUGUGAAGGAGACAGUGGCGGCUGACUACCGCGCCGGCGGCGAACGUCGCGAACUUUUGGAAAUCGCGCUGCUGGAGACCCUCAUGGAGACAGGUACCGAAAGGUCCGCGCACUCGCGGGUGAAGCAAGUCUUCUCGGCCAAAGUCGAGCACGUCAAGGAGCGCCUGCAGGAGCGCGAGAAGGAGGCUGUGGCGAAGGAGAAGCUCGAGGAGCUUGGCAGCGCUGUCCAGGAUGAGGGCUUCAUGAGCAACGACCCAGCGCUGAUGCCUGCAGAGGCAGAGACGACAGCCCCUGCGGCCAAG